UCCACCAGAUUAUGAAGGAACCUGUCAGACUCACUCUCCUGUCAUAUUCUAGCAGUCAAAUAUGUCAAAACUAAAUCCAUCUAUCAACUCUAUUAAUUGUGUUUAUGUGGAUACAGAAAGACAUAUAUACUGAACAAAUAGUGGGUUGUAUUUAUCUUUUGCGGAAAUUAGUGUUGUAAAUGCCAUCAACAAAAGUACAAGGAACCUAAGAACUAUCCACAAAGGAAAAAAGUUUCAUCUGCCGACAAGAGAAAAGAAGAAGAAAGCAAGGGUAAGAGAUCUAUCAUCAGUUGUUGUAAAAAUAGAGAUCAAAGGAUGGGUAGAGGAAGGGUGGAGCUGAAAAGGAUAGAGAACAAGAUAAAUCGACAAGUGACAUUUUCCAAAAGAAGAAAUGGGUUACUGAAGAAGGCCUAUGAGCUCUCUGUGCUCUGUGAUGCUGAAGUUGCCCUUAUCAUCUUCUCCAGUGGUGGCAAGCUCUAUGAAUUCUGUAGCGGCCCAAGCAUGUCCAAGACACUUGAGAGGUACCAAAGAUGCAGCUAUGGCACAAUGGAAUUCAACCAACAAGAUCCAGAUGCACAGAGCAGCUACCAGGAGUAUUUAAAGCUUAAAGCAAAAGUUGAUAUUCUCCAACAAUCUCAGAGACAUUAUCUUGGGGAAGAAUUGGAGCGGUUGGGAUCAAAGGAUCUUGAUCAGCUUGAACGUCAAAUGGACUUAGCUCUAAGGCAAGUCAGAUUGACCAAGACUAAACAUAUGCUUGAUCAACUUACAGAUUUACAGCAGAAGGAACAAUCACUGUUGGAAGCAAACAAAAACCUAAGGAGUGAGUUGGAAGAAAGCACCAUGGCUUAUCAGUUAUCAUGGCAAGCCCACGUGCGCAACAUUGAUAAGAGACGACCACCUGUUCACCUUGAUUGCAAUGACAAUAUUCAAAUUGGUUACAACAAUGAGGCACCAAAUGAUGAAAGAGAUGUUCCAAGUAGGUUACAAAAUACCAACGGAGUUAUACCAGGGUGGAUGCUCUAACUUAUGAUCAAAUGAUGAAGAUCCUCAUUGAUUGAUCUUAUAUAUACAUAGAUCAAGCAAAAUAUAUUUUCUUGCAUUUGUGUUAAUAAAGUAACUAGCUGAUGGAGAGAAAAUUCAAUCUUUGCAUUCAAUAAUACAUUGGUAUUUGUGUAGAAA